AGUGCUGGCCAAACAGAGUGCAGAGGGCGGGCCUGACUCUUUUUUUCAAGACCACCUUAGAUAGCCUCCCAUCCCUGAGUUAAAAAAAAUGCUGACUCCACUCUGUUAGUUUUCUUUAGCAAUAUAGUUAUCACCCUGGGAAAAGCUACCCUUCUAGCUGCUACAGUCAAAGGAAUAUUUGGACCCCCAACGUUUUUCCAGUGAUUUCUGCCUGCGAUUUCAAAUUUCCCUCCACUCUGUCUGUAAAAGAAUCAGAAUUUGGAAUAGUUUGAACCUAGGACAAGAAACCUAUCCUCUAACAGAACUAUCAACGAUGUUUAUUCAGACUCAACUCUUCAUCUUCCUCUUAGGGAGUGUGGCCAUCAGGGCAUUUGCUGAAGAAGCAAGCACAGUUCCACUGGAGGAUGAAACAGUAUCAAACGAUUUCAAAGACAGGAACGACUCAGAGCUUGAAGAAAGGCCAACUCUGUUGCCCACAAGACUGCAUAACAUAACAGACUUGCUCCCCUUAGAAGAUCUAAUGACCACAGAAAGUGCAGUUGCCACUAACGAAGACGACGAGAUCUCUACUGAUCCGGAUGUGGUGGAGAAUUCUGAAGACGAAGUGGGAGAGGAGCCAGAGACUACAGAGGAGAAAGAGGGCCUGUCAGCAUUGGCACUGGUUGGAAUCAUUGCUGGAAUCAUCAUUGCAGUGGGCAUCGUGGCUGGAAUCAUCAUUGCCGUCGUGAGGAAAAUGUCGGGCAGGUAUUCGCCCUAAAAAUAAAUGAAGAAAUCAUGUUGUUUUAAGCCAGAAAAUAAAAGUGCUUCCUAUUAUACAAUUGCUAGAGACUGUGUUCCUGAAUCGCUGUGAGAAGAUGAUCCAUGGAAAUCAUGAAUGCAGAACUCCAGAUCCAUGGGGAUCCCAUACAGCUUUCCAGAGAGAUAUUUAUCAGACUUAUCAGAAGUGCAACAAUUCAUAGGACUUCGCUAAUCAAACGUAUUUAAAGGGGAAU